CCAAACAAAUCCCCCUCCCGAACCAUUCCUUCCCCCACCGAAGCCAACGACCAAACGAACCCUAGAAUCUCGAGCACACGAGAAGAGGGAGAUCUCCGAGAGUCGCAUCCAUGGCGCUGCGUGCCCUGUACAACGAGAUCCGCGCGAUGAAGGUGCGCGAGGUGCCGGCGUACCUCAAGCCGCGCCUCACCUGGGGCAACGUCAAGAAGAGCACCGACCAGGCGGUCGACCGCUACAUCGAAAAGUACAUCGAGACCGGCUCCGCGGACCCGAUCUUCCACGUCUGCUUCGGCGGGAUGGCCUUCUCCUACCUCGUCAACCUGCCCUGGGAGCGCGCCCACCUCGAGCACCUCGAGAAGCACGGCGGCGGCCACUAGAUCCGGACCCGCCUCGCGCAGGAGGGCUGAUCUGCGGUUGAUCCAGGCUGGUGUUUUCCAUUUUUCUUCUACUGAUGGGCUACCUGGAGCUGAUGUUCAUUUGAUGGUCCGUUUAUUUUGUAUGGCAAGGCAGCAACAGACUGUCUAGUUCACUGUUAUGUUCCUCUGCAACUUGUCAUAAGCAACUUCAAUCUGGGAAGUGUAUCCAUGUGAUUAAAAACGUUUUCAUCGAAUUGAGUACAAGUUAUCUUGUGAAUUGUGAUACAUUCCAGUAAUAAGUUGUCAAACAAACCCUUUGGCGUUCUUGUGCUGCCUUAA